AAUAUUCAUGAGUACCAUCAAAACAGGGGCCUGCCGCGUGGGUGCGCUUACCUUCUCCGAAGAAAUACAUCAAGGGAAAUGGCACCGGCAACCGGCAGGACAAUCUGGGUGCCACGCGAAGGCGGGCCGGAUUGUGAGCUACGAGGAGAGGCAGACAAAAGCGGUGAACCAGCCGCAGAAGCGUGCGAAACCAAGCGGUCUACGCGGCAGUUUUCGCGCAAGACGUCGGCGUAGGCCUGUUCAUUCAAAGCGGCCUUCUUCUCGCGGGCGCUCGACCAACAUGGCCAGCGGCCGCGGGAGGCUCGGGACCGCUAUUUCGUGACAAAGAACAUGAACCUUCCGAUUUGGGAAAACCGUUACCUGCGCUCGGCAACGGCGGUGCAGUCAGCACCGUGCGACGAUGAUGCUCCGUAGAGGAACGUUGCGAAGGGUCUGGAGGGGACGCGGUGGGUACAAGCGUACUCGAGCCACCGCGGCGGGUUUGAGGCUGUCCCGAAGGUCCCUGAGCUCCGACGAGGUUGACUUGACCACUCGGAGCCGCCGAAACGGUGGGAGGCGCGGAAGCCAUGCCUCCAGAGGGCAUAGACAUCGGGGGGGGCGUCCGUGAGACACCCGACGUCUUAUCGCUCCCGCGCCCACACCACAAGGCUGUAGUCGGCACCGACAAGUCACGACGGUCGCCCAAAACAAGUUGUGAUGAGGCGCGGGGCGAUAUAUAUCUGAGAAACAAAAGGUUGGAAGUCCAACACAUACCUGUGACGGCGAUGCGUGUAAAAGGCCAUCGCUGUCGUACCACGAAAAUGCGAGGUUCCGGAAUUCCGCGGGCGCGGGGUUCCAGCGACAGGGGCCGCGGCGACACCAGCGGCCGGUACCGGGAACGGGGUGUGUGCAUUCGAGUUGCAUCUCCCAGAGCGGUGGCCUUCGCCCGAUGUAUGAUUACCUGAGCCACCUCAUUUUUCGCAUGCGAACGGUAGAGCAUCAUGCAGUAUGACCAACGGCAAACACGCCGCCACUACUUCAUGCGAGGUUAUGGGUGGGACUAAAAAAAUCCUGGGAAUUCGUGAAAUUGCCCGCAGUUGAGACGUUUGCCAGAAAAUUGCCGCAAGUCUACAGCCGCAGCAAUACAUCAGCGGCAGCGAUAUAGCGACCGCGACAGUGCAAUGGCAGCAGCAGCAGCAGCAGCAGCAGCGGCGGCAGCAAUAUCAGGAACGCCGGAACAGUAAAACAAGCAGGGGUGGGGACAGAGGCAAACAUAUCUCACGAACCCCUCUCGGAACCGCGCGCUCAAGACACUCUCCCCAACAUACAUCAACUUCAACAAUGGUCCGCACUAAGCAGUGAUCGACUAGGUUCUCGCGCAUCAUGGAGUACGUUCCGGACCUCGGAAGGGCGAUGCCCAUUGGGCCCGGGGGAUGCGCCACGCUGAAAAGUCAAAAUGAGCGCUGAGGUUCGCGAGCUUGAUAAGCUUGCAGGUCAAGAGGUGACCACAUUCAAGAAGGAGUGCGAGUUCACGGCCAUGUUGGUGGCCAUGAUAGGUCAUUCUGUGUUGGUACAGAACCCGAUUGUAGGAUGCUUGUCGCUGUAUGAAGAGUUGGCGGCUCCAUCGGGGAAAAGCAGCGCAGUUGAUUACGCGGCUCUGCGCAAAAAGUUGAAGGAGGCACGUUUGCAGGCAGGGUUGACCAAGAAGCCCAAUUCGGGCGGCUUGGGCGGCGGUAGUGGAGGCUUGAUGGCAGGUGGCAUGCAACCACUUUCUUUGGCGCCGGCGUUCCAUGCCGUAGCACCUGCUUUUCCCUCGGUGCCGCAACAGUACGCACAGCCCACGCACAGGGGUUUCGGAGGACCCGGGCACUACGGGCCGUUGGACAAUAGGUUUGGCGGUCGUGGUUUCGGCGGGAACCGUCGGGUUGGCCGAGUCGGUAACAGAGCAGGAAGAGGCGGUGCCGCUGUCUGUAGUAAAUGCUCGCAGAUGGGAAAGCCCGCUGACCAUUCUUUCAGGACGUGCCCGGAGCAGGCGUGUUUCAAGUGCGGCAUGCCGGGGUACGUUAAGCGUGAAUGCCCGAAGUAAGUACAAGGCAUGACGUCGGCAGGUAUUACGACGAAGAUAUGCAAUGGUUGUAGUACACGACGACACGGGUUCUAUGUUUGUUUGGCGGUUCAAAAAAAAAACAAAGGAAUGAUGAGGCAAAAUGCGAGAAUGCGAG